UCCAAUAUGGCGGCGCCGUGUCCCUGGCGCUAUUGCCGCUGCUGAGGGAGUCGCGCCUCUUCUAGAUCAUGGGGCCCCAACGCGGCCGGAGCCUCUGAGCCCCGUUCGCCUCCCCUGGCGGGGCCUUCGGCCAUGCAGCCCCCGGCCCGGGAACAGGACACCCGUACCAAGAGCAUGUUCGUCUCCCGGGCCCUGGAGAAGAUCCUAGCGGAGAAGGAGGCGAAGCGGCCCCCGUACAGCCAGCUGCGGAGAGCCUGCCAGGUGGCGCUGGAUGAAAUAAAAGCAGAUCUAGAAAAACAAAGGCAAGGCACUGUCUCUCCACCAAAAGCAAACUUCAUCGAAGCAGAUAAGUAUUUCCUUCCAUUUGAGCUGGCCUGCCAAUCAAAGUCCCCCCGCAUCAUCAGUACCUCACUAGACUGCUUGCAGAAACUCAUUGCAUAUGGACAUAUCACUGGCAAUGCUCCAGAUAGUGGAGCUCCUGGAAAGCGCCUGAUUGACCGGAUAGUUGAGACCGUUUGCAAUUGCUUUCAGGGUCCUCAAACAGAUGAGGGAGUGCAGUUACAAAUAAUUAAGGCUCUUCUUACUGCUGUGACAUCUCCAUAUAUAGAAAUUCAUGAAGGAACCAUCCUUCAGACUGUUAGAACCUGUUAUAACAUCUAUCUAGCCAGUAAAAAUCUCAUUAAUCAGACUACUGCCAAGGCUACCCUCACUCAGAUGCUGAAUGUUAUUUUCACCCGGAUGGAGAAUCAAGCUAUACAAGAUGCCAGAGAAUUAGAAAAACCAAAUCAACUAAAAUCUGAGUCUCCCAUGAUUCAGGAUAUGGCAGGAUCUCCGAAGAUUAAUCUACUGCGUCACGGCCAACAGGAAGGAAAACCGUCAACCCCUGAAAAAACAGAUUUAACAAAUGGCGAGCCUGAGAGAACCGAAAAUGCAGACCAAAAGCCAGAAAGAGAUCGGACUCCUUCAGUCUCUGAGGAAACCACUGAUGGAGGCAAGGAAAUGGUUACAGCCAUCCUGGAGGAUGUGGUCGUAUCCGCUGUUAAAGUGGCUGAAGAAAAGUAUGUUGCAGCUGAAACAGCUACUGCCCCAUCUGAAUUAGAAGCAGUGGAUCUUGCCCCUGCUGGUGGUAUUAAUGAAAAUGUACAAACGAAUGGAAUUCCAGAUGACAGACAGUCUGUCUCCUCCACGGAUAAUCUGGAAACAGAUGUACCUGGAUAUCAGUCAGCUGCCAAAUUCUCCCAUAUCCUGCAGAAAGAUGCCUUCCUUGUGUUCCGGUCACUGUGCAAGCUUUCGAUGAAACCACUUGGUGAUGGACCACCAGAUCCCAAAUCCCAUGAGUUGCGUUCUAAGAUAGUGUCCCUCCAGCUGCUUCUCUCCGUAUUGCAGAAUGCUGGUGGAGUAUUCAGGACACAUGAAAUGUUCAUCAAUGCAAUCAAGCAAUAUCUUUGUGUAGCAUUAUCUAAAAACGGGGUCUCUUCUGUUCCUGAUGUCUUUGAGCUAUCUCUUGCCAUCUUUCUCACACUGCUUUCAAACUUUAAGACCCAUUUAAAAAUGCAGAUUGAGGUGUUUUUCAAAGAGAUCUUCUUGAAUAUUUUGGAGACCUCCUCAAGUUCUUUUGAGCACAAAUGGAUGGUGAUUCAGACCUUGACUAGAAUUUGUGCAGAUGCUCAGUGUGUGGUGGAUAUUUAUGUUAACUACGACUGUGAUUUAAAUGCUGCUAAUAUUUUUGAACGCCUUGUAAAUGACUUGUCUAAAAUCGCUCAGGGACGGAGUGGACAUGAGUUGGGAAUGACACCUCUGCAGGAGCUCAGCCUGCGGAAAAAAGGUCUUGAAUGUUUGGUUUCUAUUUUAAAGUGCAUGGUCGAAUGGAGCAAAGACCUGUAUGUGAACCCUAACCAUCAGGCCAGUCUUGGUCCAGAUAGGCCUUCAGAUCAGGAAAUGGGUGAAGGUAAAUGUUUGGAAACUGGAAGAAGACGGAGUAGUGUGAGUUCCUUGGAUUCGACGGUGUCCUCAGGAAUUGGAAGCAUUGGCAUCCAGACUGCUGUCCCUGAUGAUCCUGAGCAAUUUGAGGUCAUCAAGCAACAAAAAGAGAUAAUUGAACAUGGGAUAGAAUUAUUUAACAAAAAGUCAAAAAGAGGAAUACAGUAUCUUCAAGAACAGGGCAUGCUUGGCACUACAACAGAAGACAUUGCCCAGUUUCUGCACCAAGAAGAACGUCUGUGUUUUACCCAAGUUGGAGAAUUUCUGGGAGAGAGCAGUAGGUUUAACAAGGAGGUGAUGUAUGCCUACGUAGACCAGCUUGAUUUCUGCGGGAAAGACUUUGUCUCUGCUCUACGUAUAUUUCUGGAAGGCUUUCGGUUGCCAGGCGAAGCCCAGAAGAUUGAUAGAUUAAUGGAGAAGUUUGCGGCUAGAUACAUCGAAUGCAACCAAAGGCAAACCCUAUUUGCUAGUGCUGACACUGCCUAUGUUUUAGCAUAUUCUAUUAUAAUGCUGACUACAGACUUGCACAGUCCCCAGGUAAAGAAUAAAAUGACAAAAGAGCAAUAUAUUAAAAUGAAUCGAGGAAUCAAUGACAGUAAAGACCUGCCAGAAGAGUAUCUGUCCACUAUCUAUGAAGAAAUAGAAGGGAAAAAAAUUGCAAUGAAAGAGACAAAAGAAUAUGCAAUUACAACUAAAUCUACUAAGCCAAAUGUAGCCAAUGAGAAGCAGCGGCGGUUAUUGUACAACCUGGAGAUGGAGCAAAUGGCUAAAACAGCUAAAGCCCUCAUGGAGGCAGUAAGCCAUGCAAAGGCUCCUUUUACUAGUGCCACUCACCUGGAUCACGUCAGACCCAUGUUCAAACUUGUAUGGACUCCAUUGUUGGCAGCUUACAGCGUUGGCCUUCAGAACUGCGAUGACACUGAAGUUGCAUCUCUGUGUUUGGAAGGAAUUCGAUGUGCAAUCCGAAUAGCCUGCAUUUUUGGAAUGCAGCUUGAACGAGAUGCCUAUGUGCAAGCCCUUGCUCGCUUCUCACUGUUGACUGCCAGCUCUAGCAUCACAGAAAUGAAACAGAAAAACAUAGACACCAUUAAGACACUUAUUACCGUGGCCCAUACAGAUGGCAACUAUCUUGGGAAUUCCUGGCAUGAGAUCUUGAAAUGCAUCAGCCAGCUGGAACUAGCACAGCUUAUAGGUACUGGGGUUAAAACUCGAUACUUAUCUGGCUCUGGGCGUGAAAGGGAAGGCAGCAUUAAAAGCUAUACAUCUGGAGGAGAAGAAUUCAUGGGCCUGGGACUAGGUAACCUAGUUGGUGGUGGAGUUGAUAAAAGGCAUAUGGCCAGCAUUCAGGAGUCUGUGGGCGAGACCAGUUCGCAAAGUGUGGUGGUGGCAGUGGACAGAAUAUUUACAGGAUCAACCCGGUUGGACGGAAAUGCAAUAGUUGAUUUUGUCCGAUGGCUGUGCGCCGUUUCCAUGGACGAGCUGGCUUCCCCACACCAUCCUCGCAUGUUCAGCCUGCAGAAGAUAGUAGAGAUCUCGUAUUACAAUAUGAAUCGAAUUAGACUGCAAUGGUCAAGGAUAUGGCAAGUGAUUGGAGAUCAUUUCAAUAAGGUUGGAUGUAACCCGAAUGAAGAUGUGGCCAUCUUUGCAGUUGAUUCAUUAAGGCAGCUAUCAAUGAAGUUUCUCGAGAAGGGAGAAUUGGCCAACUUCCGUUUCCAGAAAGACUUUUUGAGGCCCUUUGAGCACAUUAUGAAGAAAAACAGAUCUCCUACCAUUCGUGACAUGGUAAUACGCUGUAUUGCUCAGAUGGUGAACUCACAGGCUGGUAACAUUCGCUCAGGCUGGAAGAAUAUCUUUGCAGUAUUUCACCAAGCGGCUUCAGACCAUGAUGGGAAUAUUGUGGAGUUGGCUUUCCAAACAACAGGACAUAUAGUUACCAAUAUUUUUCAGCAGCAUUUUCCAGCAGCAAUAGAUUCAUUCCAGGAUGCUGUAAAAUGUUUAUCUGAAUUUGCCUGUAAUGCAGCAUUUCCAGACACCAGUAUGGAAGCAAUCCGACUUAUCCGUUAUUGUGCUAAAUAUGUUUCAGAAAGACCACAGGUAUUGCGAGAAUAUACAAGUGAUGAUAUGAAUGUUGCUCCUGGAGACAGGGUCUGGGUCCGAGGAUGGUUCCCUAUUUUAUUUGAACUUUCCUGCAUUAUUAAUCGAUGCAAACUAGAUGUUCGGACAAGAGGCCUAACUGUGAUGUUUGAAAUAAUGAAGAGCUAUGGCCAUACCUUUGAAAAACACUGGUGGCAAGAUCUGUUUAGGAUUGUGUUUCGGAUAUUUGACAAUAUGAAGCUUCCUGAACUACAAACGGAGAAAUCUGAAUGGAUGACAACUACAUGUAACCAUGCACUUUAUGCAAUCUGUGAUGUAUUCACGCAGUUUUAUGAAGCUUUAAAUGAGAUCCUUCUUCCUGACAUAUUUGCACAGUUACACUGGUGUGUAAAACAAGAUAAUGAACAGCUGGCUCGAUCAGGUACGAACUGUCUAGAAAACCUGGUGAUACUAAAUGGACAGAAAUUCAGUCCUGAAGUCUGGGACCAAACAUGUAAUUGUAUGCUAGAAAUCUUCAAAACCACCAUUCCUCAUGCCUUGCUGACAUGGAGGCCAGCAGGAAUGGACGAUGAUUCAUCUGAAAAGCAUUUGGAUGUGGACCUAGAUCGUCAGUCUCUAAGCAGUAUUGAUAAAAAUGCUUCGGAAAGGGGACAGAGUCAGUUUUCAAAUCCCACAGAUGACAGCUGGAAAGGUGGUCCUUAUGCAAACCAGAAACUGUUUGCUGGCCUCCUUAUUAAAUGUGUGGUACAGCUGGAAUUGAUACAGACCAUUGACAACAUAGUAUUCUACCCAGCAACUAGCAAGAAGGAGGAUGCCGAGCACAUGGCUGCAGCCCAGAGAGACACCCUGGAUGCAGAUAUCCACAUUGACACAGAAGAGCAAGGAAUGUAUAAGUACAUAACGUCACAACAUCUUUUUAAGUUAUUGGAUUGUUUGCAAGAGUCUCAUUCGUUUUCAAAAGCCUUUAACUCAAAUUAUGAGCAGCGAACUGUCCUAUGGAGAGCUGGCUUCAAGGGUAAGUCAAAACCCAAUCUUUUAAAACAAGAGACCAGCAGCUUGGCUUGUUGCUUGAGAAUCCUCUUCCGAAUGUACGUUGAUGAAAGUCGCAGAGAUUCCUGGGAUGCUAUACAACAGCGACUCCUAAAUGUGUGCAGUGAAGCACUGGCCUAUUUUAUAACCGUAAAUUCAGAAAGCCACAGAGAGGCCUGGACCAAUCUCCUAUUGUUGCUUUUAACAAAAACACUUAAAAUCAGUGAUGAAAAGUUUAAAGCACAUGCUUCAACUUAUUACCCGUACCUCUGUGAAAUCAUGCAGUUUGACCUGAUUCCUGAGCUCCGAGCUGUGUUACGGAAGUUCUUCCUGCGUAUAGGUGUAGUGUUCAAAAUCUGGAUACCUCAGGAGCCGUUACGGACAACUGGGACCCGUUCGCCUUCAUGGUAGCCCCAAGUAAGACUGGCCAUUGCUGCUUAUUCACAAAGCUUUAGUCAUGCUACAUUCAAGGAAUGGAUUCAAGAGGAGGAACAAAAGUCAUUGGUACCUCUCUGUAACCCAAGAGAGCAGCAGAUCAUCCGGAUCAAGAUGCUAUUUUUGGAAAAACAGAUUUUUGUUCUGCCUACCCUACAAAAAUAUAGCUGUCAGCAGUUCAAUGAUUUUAUUUAAGUUGUUGCCUACAGAGUUAACAUAGUGGAUGUAAAGUCUGCUUCAGUGCUAGUCAUUCUUACGAUUAAUUCUGUUUCUGCAGAUCAGUUACUUCAAUUGUUUGGUCUUGUACCUUCCAGCUUAUUCCCAUAAAUCUGCUGGAAAUGAUUCCUCAAUGGAAAUUAUUCCCCUUGGAAAUACUGAAUAUGGUUGUAUAGGCUUGUGAUGUUAGCACAUGUGUUAAUAAUAAAAUAUAUUGCAAUGGCUAAUGGCCACCAAAAGAUCAUGCUGGAUUUUUUUCUUUAUGUGCACAUGACUAGAACAGUUAGUGUGGUUUUUUUUUAGUUUGUUGUACCGUGGCUGUAGAUACACCAGUUGGGGGGAAAGACAUUCCUCCUGCAGGUUAUGUAGUGAGCCAUUUUAAAACCCUUUAGUAGCAGUGUUUACCCUUCCAAGAUCAGCUUUCAUGGAAGGUUUAGUUGUGUCAGGAGUACGUAGUAACACAUACUCUCAAAUGAACUCAGAAAAAUUUCAAGUUAUUAGGAAUUGGAAAGCUUUUUAAAUUCUUCAUUGCCUUUUAUAUUUUGCCUAAUUAUCUAGAUGAGAUGGUAAAAUGCAAGAAUAGGGUUAUUUAUUUGAUUUUCUUUAAAGUGCACACUGAACAGAUUAAGUAAAAAUAACAUUGGUUUGUCAGCCUCUUCCAUUUUGAAUAUAUAUUUCAUAGCAAAGAUGUCUGUUUAGCCAGAAGUAAUCUCUUUAGUACAUAUCAGGACAUAUCUGUUUUUAUUGCCAAUUUGUGAGUGUUGGUUAUUUUAAUGCCUCAACUUUCAAGUUCUGUCAGUAUGGCUUGGGGAAAUAAAGUCUAAUUCCCAUCAGGACUGCUUUAGUUUAAAAAAAUUAACUUAAGCACACACUAUAACACACCUUCCAAUACAUUCCGAUUUAUUGGAGGCAACCAAGAAGCAAACUUGUGAUUUAACAUUGCAAUUUUAUUAGCCCUAGUGACUUCCAUUUUAUUUUAUUUUAUUUUAUUUUGAAAGGCCAGACUGUAGUGUUCUUGUUACAAUGAUUCCUCUGAUGCACUUUCAGUUUUAACUGAAAUUCAACAGAAUUGAACCUGUCCAUAGGAUUAUCUGUAUUUGCAAGUGACUUAAAACCAUAACUCUAAAGACAGUAUAGGAUCCAUGUGGAGCGGUGGGAGGAAAAUCGCCACCUUCUUUAAUGUAUUAAGGAUGCAAGUGGAAAAAGUGUUAUCAAGCACUGUUUGUGCUGCCCAUAUUUGCAUACAAGAACUAUAUAAGUGUUAAUUGACUGAAAUAAAGCAUUUGUGUCUUUA